CAAAGGAAGAUGUCCAACGGCGCAGCAGGAAGCGGGGCUAUGGCUUGGCUGGAGGCAGCGAACGGCAGAGGGGAUGCCAGCAAGAUGGAAGGCACCAAGAAAGACAAGGCGGCCUCCAAGUUGUCUGUGGAGCGAGUGUAUCAAAAGAAGACCCAGCUGGAGCACAUUCUUCUCCGUCCAGACACGUAUAUCGGCUCCGUGGAGCCCACCACACAGCAAAUGUGGGUUUUUGAUGAAGAUAUCGGCAUGAACCAGAGGGAAAUCACCUAUGUUCCUGGGCUGUACAAAAUCUUUGAUGAAAUUCUUGUCAAUGCAUCAGACAACAAACAAAGGGACAAGAACAUGACAUCCAUUAAGAUCACCGUCGACCCUGAGUCCAACACCAUCUCCAUAUGGAACAAUGGAAAAGGAAUUCCCGUGGUGGAGCAUAAGGAUGAGAAGAUGUAUGUCCCAGCUCUCAUUUUUGGCCACCUCCUCACCUCCAGCAACUAUGAUGAUAACGAGAAAAAGGUCACAGGUGGGAGAAAUGGGUACGGUGCUAAACUCUGCAACAUCUUCAGUACCAAGUUCACGGUGGAAACGGCCUGCAAGGAAUACCGACAUAGCUUCAAACAGACGUGGCAGAACAACAUGACCAAGACUUCUGAUCCCAAGAUCAAAUUCUUUGAUGGCGAGGAUUUCACGAGCGUGACAUUUCAGCCAGACCUGUCCAAGUUCAAGAUGGAGAAGCUGGACAAGGAUAUUGUAGCACUUCUUACCCGCAGAGCUUAUGAUAUAGCAGGCUCCUGCAAAGGAGUCAAAGUUACACUGAAUGGCAAAAAGUUACCCAUCACUGGGUUCCGUAGCUAUGUGGAUCUGUAUGUAAAGGACAAAAUGGAUGAGACGGGCGUGCCCUUGAAGGUGGUCAAUGAAACUGUGAAUGAUCGCUGGGAGGUUUGCCUCACCAUGAGUGAAAAAGGAUUUCAGCAAAUCAGCUUUGUUAACAGCAUUGCCACCACCAAGGGUGGCAGACACAUCGACUAUGUGGUGGACCAGAUUGUGGCCAAACUUAUUGAAGUGGUGAAGAAGAAGAAUAAGGCAGGAGUGUCUGUGAAACCCUUCCAGGUGAAGAACCAUGUCUGGGUGUUUGUGAACGCUCUGAUUGAGAAUCCCUCCUUUGACUCCCAGACCAAAGAGAACAUGACACUCCAGACCAAAAGUUUUGGGUCCAAGUGUCCUCUGUCGGAUAAGUUCGUCCGUGCUGCCACCAACUGUGGGAUUGUGGAGAGUAUACUCAACUGGGUGAAGUUCAAAGCUCAGACACAGCUAAAUAAAAAGUGCUCAUCAGUGAAGUACAGCAAGAUCAAAGGCAUCCCCAAGCUUGACGACGCCAACGAUGCUGGUGGCAAACACUCAGGUGAGUGCACACUCAUCCUCACUGAGGGAGACUCAGCCAAGUCUCUGGCUGUCUCUGGACUGGGAGUCAUCGGCCGUGACCGCUAUGGAGUGUUUCCACUCAGAGGAAAGAUCCUAAACGUGCGAGAGGCAACACACAAGCAGAUCAUGGAAAAUGCUGAGAUUAAUAACAUCAUCAAAAUCGUUGGCCUUCAAUACAAGAAGAGCUAUGAGGACCCAGAGUCACUGAGGACCCUACGCUACGGCAGGAUCAUGAUCAUGACUGAUCAGGAUCAAGAUGGCUCCCAUAUCAAAGGUCUGCUCAUCAACUUCUUCCAUCACAACUGGCCCUCGCUGCUGAAACACACCUUCCUGGAGGAGUUUAUCACACCCAUCGUCAAAGUGACCAAGAACAAGCAGGAACAGUGCUUCUACAGUAUUCCAGAGUUUGAUGAGUGGAAGAAACAGACAGAGAACUUUAAAACCUGGCAUAUAAAGUACUACAAAGGUUUGGGAACAAGUACAAGUAAAGAGGCAAAGGAAUACUUUGCUGAAAUGGAGAAAAACCGCAUCACAUUCAGAUACACUGGCGUAGAGGACGAUGCUGCCAUCACUCUGGCUUUCAGUAAGAAGAAGACAGAUGACAGGAAGGAGUGGCUGACUAACUUCAUGGAAGACAGACGACAGAGGAGGAUGCACGGCCUGCCAGAGCAAUACCUAUAUGGAACUCAGGCCAGACACCUCUCCUACAAUGACUUCAUCAACAAAGAGUUGAUUUUGUUCUCCAACUCUGACAAUGAGAGAUCAAUCCCAUCUUUGGUUGAUGGCUUGAAGCCAGGUCAGAGAAAAGUACUGUUCACCUGCAUGAAGAGGAACGACAAGAGGGAAGUGAAGGUAGCACAGCUGGCUGGUUCCGUGGCAGAGAUGUCAGCCUAUCAUCAUGGAGAGCAAGCUCUCAUGAUGACCAUUGUGAACUUGGCCCAGAACUUUGUGGGCAGUAACAACGUGAACAUCCUGCAGCCUCUCGGUCAGUUUGGUACUCGCAUCAAUGGAGGCAAAGAUGCUGCCAGCCCUCGUUACAUUUUUACAAUGCUCAGUCCUCUUGCCAAGCUGUUGUACCCCGGAGUGGACUCCAACCUGCUUAAGUUCCUGUACGAUGACAACCAGAAGGUGGAGCCCGAGUGGUACAUUCCCAUUAUUCCAUUGGUGCUGGUGAAUGGUGCUGAGGGCAUCGGGACAGGCUGGGCGUGUAAGAUCCCAAACUAUGACGUCCGAGAGAUCGUCAACAACAUCAACCGCAUGCUCAACCACCAGGACCCUCUGCCAAUGCUUCCCAGUUACAAAAACUUCAAAGGGGUGAUCCAUGAGCUGGGUCAGAACCAGUACCUGGUUAGUGGAGAGGUGUCGGUCAUAGAUAGAACAACCAUUGAGAUCAUAGAGCUUCCUGUCAGGACAUGGACACAGUCCUAUAAGGAGUCUGUGCUGGAGCCAAUGCUGCAGGGCACUGACAAAACACCAGCUCUCAUCAACGAUUAUAAGGAGUACCACACAGACACCACAGUCAAGUUUGUGGUCCGCAUGUCUGAGGAGAAACUGGCCCAGGCUGAGGCGUCUGGUCUUCACAAAGUCUUCAAGCUGCAGUCCAGCCUCACCUGUAACUCCAUGGUUCUGUUCGACCACAUGGGAUGUAUGAAGAGGUACGAUUCAGUCCAAGACAUCCUCAAAGAGUUCUUUGAUCUCCGCCUGAACUACUACAAACUGAGGAAGGACUGGUUACUGGGUAACCUGGGAGCAGAGGCCUCCAAGUUGUCCAACCAGGCUCGCUUUGUCCUGGAGAAAAUUGAAGGGAAAGUUUCAAUCGAAAACAAAUCGAAGCGUGAACUGAUUCGCAUGCUGGUCCAGAAAGGUUAUGAAUCUGAUCCAGUAGCAGCCUGGGGCAAAGCUCAGGAGAAGGCUCAGGAAGAAGAUUACCGUGACGGAAAUGAUAGCGACAGCUCUGUGGACUCCGGCUCCUCGUCGGGGCCAAACUACAACUACAUCCUUAACAUGCCUCUUUGGUGCCUGACUAAAGAGAAGGUGGAGGAGCUGCUCAAACAGAGGGACCAGAAGAGAGGAGAACUGAACGAUAUCCAGAAGAAAUCCCCUGAUGAUUUGUGGAAGGAGGACUUGGCAGUCUUCGUAGAGGAACUGGAUAAAGUGGAGGCUCAGGAGCGAGAGGACCAGAGUUUAGGAAAGGCCGUCAAACUGGUGAAGGGUAAAGUUGGCAAACCUAAAGCGAAGAAGCUGAACCUGGAGGAGACCAUGCCGUCACCAUAUGGCCGGAGAGUGGCGCCUCCGACCCAACCACUCAAAUCUGACGCUGCCAAGAAACUGACCAAAAAGAAGAAGGGUGACGCAGAUCUGACGAUGAAGUUGGAGUUUGAUGAUGAGGGUUUGGCUGUAGAGGGAGCAACGGGAGCAACGGGAGCAACGGGAGCAACGGGUGAAAAUUCUGUUCCCAAACCGAAGGCUCCACGUGUCAAGAAAGAGAAAAAAGAGCCUGCGGCUCCUAGGGCAAGAAAAACGCCAACACCCAAAGGAACCCCCGCCAAGAAGGUGAAGAAGAGAAACCCCUGGUCUGAGGAUGAGUCCAACUCUGAAAGUGACCUGGAGAACAGCGAGCCGCUCAUCCCCAGAGAGACCAAGUCCUUCAGGGCAUCAGCCUCCAAGCCAAAAUACACAUUUGACUUCUCAGAGGAGGAGGAGGAGGCCGAGGAAGAUGAUAACAGGGACGACAAUGUGGCUUCUUCUCCGGUGAGGUCGUUUAAAGAUACCUUCCCUUCGUCUGACACCAAGGGACGCUUCGACGACAAUAAUGAGGAAGAGGACGAUGAGGAUGAAGACUCGUACCCUCCUCCUGAAAAAAAGACCACGUCUGCGCCUGUAGCUAAAGAGAAGGAGACAACCAGCAUCUUCUCCUCCAAGUCGGCCUUCUCUGAAAAAAGCAAUGACAGUGAUCGGUCCAAGUCAGACAGUGAAGACGACAACGGCCCAGUGUUCUCAACCUACUCCAGCAGUUCUGCCUUUGACAAACUACUGCCGUCAAAGAAAGCAGCUAAGAAACCUUCCGAUGCAGCUCCCAAUCCUAAGAAGUCACCAGCACCAAAAGCAAAGAAGCCAGAUAAAUCCAUAUGGGACUCUGACUCAGACACCGGGUCCAAAAAGCCAGCACCAGCUCUCAAAGGUAAAGGUCGAGGGAGGAAGAGGAAGGGCUCUCCCUCUGAAGACGACUACAGUCCAAUGAAGAAAAUGAACACACCUGCCAGCAGAUCUUCGCAGAAAGCCCAGAAACCUCCAUAUGAUGAUGAGGAGGACGAGGAUGACAACGACAACGGCCUGAGUGCGAUGAGUGCGAUGAGUGCGCAAUCCCGUGAUCGGCCGGGUCGGGCCAAGAAAGAAGUGAAGUACUUCCACGAGUCGGACGUCGGGGAAGAUGAUGACGACGACAACAUGUUCGAUUAAAGCAAACUUCAGUUACAUUCAAAACACACUCCUCCUUCUGUGCUACCACAGACUUUUGUACAUUUCCUGUUUCAUUUUAUUUACAUUAAUGGUGAUGUUUAAUGAUUUUUAUUGUGUCUGUGUUUUACACUUUUUAUUAUACAUAUACAGGUUUCUUUUUUAUGCUCAUUGAAAUGUUCUGUAUUUGUCCCAAGUGGCUUUUAGAUGUGUAGGACGCUGUGCUUCAGCACAUUUUAAUUGUUA